AUGGAUACUGAUGCAGCUUUGAAACUCUUGGUUAGCAGUCCUAUAACUCCUCAAAUGAUUGCUCACGUCGCUCGAAAAGCUGCUGAAGUAAUCCCAUGCGACCCGCCACCAACUAGUCAACAGCAAGCCUCUCAGUUGGCAAAUAUAGCACGAGCUCUUGGUGAUGAUAAUCAACCUUUACCCCCUUUGAUAACAUUUAUACACCGAUUAGUAGUAAAAUCGAAU